AUGUCGCAAACGGCCACACAGACGCAGACCCAGACUCUGGAGACUCUGCUCCAACAAGCGCGCAACAGCACCGACUCUGCCGGUUGCAUGAAACUCUACGACCAAUGGGCUGCCACCUACAACGCCGAAGUCAAUGACAAGGAAUACGUCGCUCCCCUACUGGCCGCAAAGGAGGCCCUGAAGAUCCCCGGAGCCGCCUCUGGCACCAUCCUUGACGCCGGCUGCGGCACCGGUCUCGUGGCUGAGGCCCUGAAAGCUGGCGGAGCCAAGACCAUCGACGGUAUGGACCUUUCCGUCCCCAUGCKUAAACUCGCCGAGAAGACUGGCGCAUACCGCAGUGUCUUCAAAGCGGACAUGAGCCAGAAGCUGUCACUAAACGACGACAUUUACGAUGUCAUUACAUGCGUCGGAACCUUCACAUCCGGCCACGUUGGACCUACCCCAGGAUUGAGCGAGCUUGUUCGCAUUACCAAGAGGGGUGGUACCGUCAUCUCCACGAUCCUGGAGGACAUWUGGGUGCCUGGUGGCUUCAAGGCGGAGACCGAAAGGCUGGAGAAGAGCGGUGCCGUCAAGGUCGUCAGCUUCGAUUCGUUGGACUACGUCAAGGGUCGGGGUGACAAGGCCAAGUUCUUGAUCUUGGAGAAGCUUUAA